UGCGCCACACGAUGAACGUCGCCUUGUGCAAUCUGCCCGACGCUCUCAUCGACGUCCUCCGUAGAUAUGCAACUCUUUGUCCCAUAAGAACUCUUCAAUUUCCUAACACUUUGCCCUUUCAUCAAGUUCAUGAUUUCUUACUGAAUCAUAUCCUUCUUCAUCCAUUCUUCAUAUCAUACCCUCCCUCGCCACAGUACCAACAGCAAUUCUGGAAAUGGACUCUGGCGCACCUUGAGUCCAUGCCAAUGGAAGAAGAUGACGAGAUUGACUACCGAUUGUAUCACCACCACGUCUCCCUUGUAUCUCGUUCAACAACCUCAUACGCGAUGGGCUUCAUACCUCCUUUGCCUUCUUAUUUCACAUACUUCUGGAGGCAAGGGGGUGGACCGGAUUUCGAAAGUGCCACACUCCUGGAAUCUCGGACCACCAUAGAAAGCGGCACCACCGGACUGAAGACGUGGGGCGCCAGUCUCGUGCUCGCGCAAUUUUUAACUGUGUAUUCAGGUCUCGUUCGAGGCAAGAGGCUCUUAGAGCUUGGCUCCGGUGCUGGCCUGCUUGGUAUCAUUGCUGCAAACAUACAGCUGAUGGAGUCAUUGGCAUGUGAAAGUAUAUACCUCACAGACGUAAACCCGGAGGUCCUGGCCAGGUGCGCAGAAAACCUGAGCUUACCGUGUAAUAAAUCGUCUUCCCAUCCUAGUAUCAAAACAGUGCACCUAGACUGGACAGACUCCCUUGAUCCAAUCGGCAUUGCGUCUGUGCAUGACUUGCUCGAGGAAGCCUCUCCAGAUGUCAUCCUCGGGGCCGAUAUAGUCUAUGACCCCGGCAUUAUAUCCUCUUUAGUCGAGAUUUUAAGACUCGCACUCGAACACCAAGGCAGAAUAGCCUUGAUUGCGCUUACCGAGCGAAAUCAGGACACGCUCGCACAGUUCAUACAAGCAGCACGUAUGUCACUUUGCGUGGAACAGCUGCAAGUGACUCUGGCAGAUAUGAGGAUGUUCUGGGGCAUUUCAGAUUUUGGUGACUCGAUUCCAGACCAAAAUGUCAAGGUAUUCCAACUAAGUACAAGACCUAACGGACCGGGUAUAGAGUAG